AUGGACAGCUUAUUUAGUACAACCCUGACUGAGGAAAAUAGCAAACAGAGGAAGGGGAGUGGACCGAAGCCUCUAGUCUCUAAUUUCGAUAUGGAAAAGUGGGACCAGCAAAAUGAGGUGGCCAGCAAACUUCGUUACGUUUGUGGUUUUUCAACAGUGAUCAUCGUAAUUGUUGGCACUUCAGCUCUGGUUUACAUUGUGCGAGUCACACUUCUUACAAGAAAACAAUGCCAAGCCAGUUCGAUGCAUCGUCACUUUCAGCCAACUGCCGAUCAUCUAAGGACGGUCGACGAAGUCAUAGAUCAGUUCGGGACGGGAGGCUUUCAAGCAAGCAAACAAGGACAACCGAUCGAAACGAAUGUUGUUGGUUGA